UGCCCUUAGUGAAUCCAUGUUGACGGUUCCUGAUUACCUUCCUCUCCUCCAAGUGCUUCACAAUGGUUUCCUUGAGGACCUGCUCCAUGAUUUUUCCAGGGACUGAGGUGAGACUGACCGGUCUCUAGUUCCCUUGUAUCUACUUCUUCCCUUUUUUAAAGAUUGGCACUGUAUACUCUCUGGUUUCUUUCAGCUGUACAAGCGGUGCUUAGACAGUGAACACUUCCCCUAAACUCUUAACCAGCUGGUGUGGAUGAGCCCCUGGCAGGGAAACAGCUGGUCUAGUGAGCUUCAGUGCCCCUCAGUCGCUGGCACAUGUUCCCAAAUCCCUGAGAAGUCAAGAGAGUGUCCAGGUUGGUGUAGAAUGUCCCCUUAGUUUUUCAAGAGUUCAUUUGCCCUCGUGGGAUCAAGAUGCUGGUGCCACAAGCUUCCAGUUGGAAAAGUGAGUGUGACUCCAGUUAUUGGUGAGAAACUGACCUUUUUCUGGCCAUGAAGCCUUCUGCUAAUCCCAUCUGCCAUCCUGUCUAGUGUGUCCAGGAAUAGUACAGGACCCCAUCAGGUAAGGUGCUGGCAGAGGCUGCUCUAGGUACAUGCAAUGUAGGCAGGUGAAUAAGGUGGCAGACUUCUGGGCAGCUGCCUACAGUGGCAAAUUUAGCCUGGCCGCCCCCCAGUUAUGCAAGACCACAACACCACUCACUGGAAUUUGGCAAGGCCGCCCUUUCCUUCAUGAUAGAGAAGUGACGGGGCCAAAUCUGCCACCCUAGGCCUCUGAGGAGGGCGAUGGUACACCGAAGUUUUGCCUAGGGCGGCAGAUUGUCUUGAGCAGCCUCUGGGAGAGAAGUGCUGAUUUCAACAUGCUCUGAUAAAAGUCAAUGGGAGUUGAGCAAUCUCAGAGCCAGGAAGUGGUAACGACCAGCAACUGGAACCACAGAGAUUCUAUGAUUCUGCACUUAUCUGGAGAGGAAAUGGGUGGGCCAUGGUCCCUGACCUGGAAAUUCUGAGAAUGGUAAGUGUGACCACAGGCGUCCGUUCCCUUGGAAAGGCACAAAGACAGCUCCUAUCAAUAUAAACUGCACCAACGGCAAGAAGCAGAACAUAGACAUCCGCAGCCAUGCACCCGGACAGCUCCUACCACAAAUGGGACAACUCUGAUCAGGUGGAACUGACAGUGCAGGGAGCGAGUACAGUACCUGGGAGAGGCGGUAAAGCUCUUUGCCUCUCCAACUUUGCCCAAGGAAAGGCCAAUGUGAUCCUGUACGUCCUGCUGGCGAUUUGCAUUGCAGUGGCCACCGCUCUCAUCGUGGUAAACCUUGGGAAAUUGUCCAAGGGUCUUGCUGAAGCCCAGGCGGAUAGAGAUACUAUAAGAAAAGAUGCCAAGAGAAAUCUGUCACAUCACCAGGACUAUCUAGAGUUGAAGAUGUCCAAAGAAUUCAACGUGUUUAACAGUCGACUUCUUAAUGUGUCCAAGGAGCUGGCUGGGGUUAGGCUGGGGAUCGAGGAGAUCCAAGCUGAUCACGUGAAAGACCAAUCACAUCUCCAGGACGCCAUAGAGAUAAGGAACCUAACGCACAGUAUGUCGAAGGAGCGGGCUGAAGUGAGAAGGGACCAUGACAGACUUCAGGAGGUCUUGAGCAGGAUGCAGGACGAGUUACGGAACAUCACAGAGAUAAAGAACCUAACGCACAGUAUGUCGAAGGAGCUGGCUGAGGUGAGAAGGGACCAUGACAGACUCCAGGAGGUCUUGAGCAGGAUGCAGGACGAGUUACGGAACAUCACAGAGAUAAAGAACCUAACACACAGUAUGUCGAAGGAGCGGGCUGAGGUGAUAAGGGACCAUGACAGACUCCAGGAGGUCUUGAGCAGGAUGCAGGACGAGUUACGGAACAUCACAGAGAUAAAGAACCUAACGCACAGUAUGUCGAAGGAGCUGGCUGAGGUGAGAAGGGACCAUGACAGACUCCAGGAGGUCUUGAGCAGGAUGCAGGACGAGUUACGGAACAUCACAGAAGUCAUCUGCACAAAAUGUCCACCUGGCUGGCAGCAUUUUGAGAAAAAAUGCUACUUCUUUUCAACAUCAACUAAGUCCUGGUCGGAUGCUAAGCAGUUCUGUACCAAUGAAGGCUCUCACCUGGUUAUUGUUAACACCAAACAGGAACAGAUGUUUUUGUCAAACCAAAUCAUGGAGCCCGACGUGUACUGGCUGGGCCUCAGCGACUCAGAGGAGGAAGGGGAGUGGCGCUGGGUGGAUGGCAGCCCCCUGUCUGUCAGGUUCUGGGCAUCUGGGGAACCCAACAAUGUUGGGCAGCAAGGGGAGGACUGUGGCAGCUUCCGCUUCGACGGGAAGUGGAAUGAUGCCCACUGCUCCAUGACUGAGCACUGGAUCUGCGAACGGCAGUGCUAGCUGAGUCCCUGCAUCCACAGCGGGGAGGGCAGGUGUCACACAGACUGCCCCACAUGGGACUGCUCCGGAGCGUUCAUCUCUCUAAAUCAGUGAUUCUCAGACUACCACUUGUGGCUCUUUAAUGACUCUCCUGCAGCUAUUUGCAGCACAUGCUAUUAAAACACUGUGAUUUAAUUAUUAACCAUCCUAAAUUAUUAACCAAUCUGGAUGGUUUCACUAUGUUAUUAACCCAUUAAGUUAUCAGCCUGAACUAAGCUACUAACUUAUUUGCUGUGAGAAUAAUAGGUAUAAAUAAACUAAAUAUUUCCCAUCAUAAUGUUUAAAUAUGAAUAGUACUAUAGUAAAUGAAACAAUGAAUUCACCCUACUGUGGCUCUUUUGCUUAACGGUGAUGGCUAAUUUGGCUCCUGAGCCGCUGAGGUCCGUGUAUCACUGCUCUACAUGCUGGGCGGCUAUUGCAGCAAGUGGAGCUCUGGGACAGGAGCAUGGAAAGCAGAGGUGGAGAAGCUGACUGGCACUGGACCAUCUAAUCCAUUUCCCUCCCAUACUGGGGCCCAGGGCAGAGUUGUUCCCUUCAGGGCUCUAGCAUUAAAUGUGGCUCCUGCCCUUCCCCCAAGAAGAAGCAAUUCCCAGCCUGGUAGAUCUCAUUGCCAGGCUGUUCUUCCUCACACUGGGCCAGAAUCUGAUCUCAGGUGAACUGCUGUGAAUGCAGAGGCUGAACUGGCUUCAGGGGAGUCACCCUGAACUGACAUCAGUGUGAGUGAGAUCAGAAAUGGGGCCAUUCACCCUCAAACGUCCUUUUCUUAAUUCCAUCCCAUUGCUCCUGGCUCUGCCCCCGGGUGUCUUCGCUGAGAGGAAGGAUGAUCUGAUGUGUAAGGCACAGGACUGGCACCUGGGUUCAGUUCCAGCUCUGCCACUGACUCCUUCACCUGUCUGGGCCUCAGUUUCCUUCUCUUUAGAAUGGAUAUAAUAACCCUUCCUGUGUCUCUCUUGUCUAUUGAUCCUGUGAGCUCUGUGGGGCAGGGACUGUUACAUUGUGUGUCAGCGCCGCACCCAGCACAAUGGGGCUGUGAUCUGUUCCGGGGCCGAUAGCUGCUCCUAUAAGUGCUCCCAGAUCACCUAUUUGCAUCUUUAGGAGGCUGUUCUGCCGAUAGACGCAGGCACUCGGUUCCCAUUGAAGGCAAUGGAGUUGCUUGUGUCUAGAAGUGCAGAGUUUGGUUCUUUAUCUUA